AUGAAGGACAUGUUAACGGUCACUCCAGACCCAAAGGUGCCUAAUGCUGCCAUCAUCAAAUUCGAAAGGGAAGAUCAUACCUUGGGGAACUUGUUGAGAGCUCAGUUGUUGAAGGAUGACAAGGUAAUGUUCGCUGCCUACAAGAUCGAACAUCCGUUGUUCGCCAACUUUGUCAUGAGAAUCCAGACCGAAGAAGGCUACACUCCUAAGGAGGCCUUGAGAAAUGCCUGUGAAACUUUGAUCAGUACUAUCGACAACUUGAAGCAAAGAUUCAACCACGAAUACUCGCUUCACCAGGUUCAGAGAGACACUGGUAUUUAAAGCAAUAAACCUACCGCCCAAAACACCUGGUUGCGCCUCUCACCUCUAGGUAACUCGCCCUUGUAUACUAAUUAAUAUCAUCC